UGUCUCACUGGAUGUUACAGCUUUGCCUUUUGCAGAAUGUGUUCCUCAUAUGGAGUAAGCCAGUCCUAAAGGAAAAUUCACUCCAACCAGAUGAUGUAAACUAUGCUCGGGCUUACCUGAAGAUGUUUUACAACUUAACUGAAGUCCGUCCAGGUCGUGCCAAAAGACAUACUCCAGAACUGGAAAGAAAAACUAAAGAAAUGCAGUCCUUCUUUGGGCUGGAGGUGACUGGGCAGUUGAAUCCUCAGACCAUUAAAGUGAUGAAGAUGCCACGCUGUGGAGUUCCUGAUGUGGAAAAUUACCACUUCUAUCCAGGCAAACCAAAAUGGAGAAACCACACAAUCACAUACAGGAUAGCAAAGUAUACACCCGAUCUGAGCCCGGAGGAGGCGGAAAGGUCUUUUCAUAUGGCCUUUAAGAUAUGGAGUGAUGCAGCACCUCUAAAGUUUGUGAAGAUAGACAAAGGGGAAGCUGACAUUUUAAUUGAUUUUGGAUCAAGAACUCAUGGUGACUUUUUUCCUUUUGAUGGACCAAGAGGUGUCUUGGCACAUGCUUUCGAGCCAGGAGAAGACAUUGGAGGUGACACACAUUUUGAUGAGGAUGAAAUAUGGACAAUGGGCAAUACAAAACCAGGGUACAAUCUAUUCACAGUGGCAGCUCAUGAGUUUGGCCAUGCAUUAGGCUUGUCUCACUCCAGAGAUCCAACAGCAUUAAUGUACCCAACCUACAAAUAUUAUAACUCUGGAGUAUACACCCUUCCAAGAGACGAUGUUCUUGGUAUACAAGCUCUCUACGGAGAGAAAAAUGCUAGAAGACCUGAGGUUGUAACUGUUCCAACAAAAUGUGAGCCCACCUUGUCCUUUGAUGCUGUUGCAGGAUUUGGCAAUGAAAUUGCCUUUUUCAAAAACAGGUAUAUGUGGCUCAGAGGGACCUGGAUGAUGUAUUGGAACCUGAUAAGGGAAGGCUUCAUUAAUAAACUCCUAAAAAACUUUCACUCAAGUAUUGAUGCUGCUUAUGACAUCCCUGGAACUGGUAUUACAUACCUUUUUACAGGUCCAAAAUAUUGGAUUUUAGAACAAGCAACAAUGAAAAGCCAUGCCAGAUCAAUCUAUGAUUUUGGAUUUCCAACUAUCGUAAAACAGAUUGAUGCUGCUGUAUAUAUCAAAGAAACUGGAAAGACAUUCUUCUUUACAGGAGAUGUAUAUUACAGAUAUGAUGAAAGGCUAAAUAAGAUGGAUCCUGGAUACCCCAGGAGCAUUCAAAAUGACUGGCCAGGAAUAGGAAGCAAAGUGGAUGCUGCUUUUGAGUUGUCAGGUUACAUUCACUUCUUCUCGGGUCCUAAGGCAUACAAAUAUGAUUACCAACAGAAAUACGUUCUCUAUGUUGUUAAAGCCAAUGCUUGGUUGGGAUGUUAGCAGCCAUGGUAAAACUGUGAAAAUGUAUUUUUUAGAAAACCGUUUUUUUUUUAAGCUGUUCAAUUUGAUGGACAAAAUACUUCUGGAAUUUGGAUUUCCUUUUUGAAUAAUGCAACGCUGAACAAGCAAAAAAUCUAUAUAUAAAAAAAGAAAAAAUAACCCCACUUCAUUCCAUGAAAAUUAUAAUGAACUUUUUAUUGUAUACAACAGAGAAGACAUUCCUGGUUGUGUGUUCACACUGUUGUUUUACUUUAAAUGUUGAGGAA